AGGACCCGCGUCUGCGGCAAGUCCCAAGUUUGAACACGAACCGGUUGCCAGUGUGAACUCGGAGGCGAGUGGGAGGAAGGUCCUGCGAGUGUGAAACCGAGGAGACGGACGGGGCGAGAGGAAUGAAUAGGUCGAGAAUUGGGCGUUAAUGCGGAUAAAUCAGCCCAGGAAUCUCGUGAAGCGAAGGCGACUGAAUCGGAGCAGAUCAGACAGCGGCCGAUGGGUGCCACAUUUUCAGGAGCUGCUCGGAUUUCGCUGCAUCGCUGCGGGAAUUGAGUGCACGUAGCUGGGAGUCGAGUGCGGUGGUGAGUGGGUUCGAAGGUGGGGAGAUUGAUGAUGAGAAAUUGAGUAAGACGUCGGAAAGAUCCGCAGGAGAGUGAGUAUCUGGAGAGGUGGUGGAAGGCCGGAGCAGAGUGUAGGAAUAAGGAAGCGGUCGGCCAAGAAACGAGUAGUAUUUUAGGGAAGUCGGGGGGCGGUAGGAGCUGCGAUUGGUCAUUUGCUCGUCGGCGUGGCUGGGGUCUCCUGGACAAUGGUGGGCUUUUGCAAGCGGAAGCCCCGAUUUGCCGAGGAGGUGGAAAAGCGUAGGGUUGUACUUCCGGGGUUUUAAAGAGGUUCAAGUUACGAGCUCAAUGAGUUUGCAAUGAAGGGAAGAGAAAGUUUGAACGCCCGAAAGCUUCGCUUUUUUGUCACAUCGGCUAGAGUACGAUCGUCGAGAGGAGUUGACUCAUCUGUCCCAUCACCAACCGCGCAUCAGCAUGAGCUGCGGGCUGACAGAACUUCGGCUGUACGUGAUGAGGUUUUACACACUCUAACUACUUUGUGGAAGAAUGUUCGUACAACGGGAUUGUCCGACAGAGGUUUAAGUCCGCAUCCAUCAGCAUGUGCAUGGGUUGUGGACGUUGCCCACGAGAGGCCAUCGGCGGUUGUGACCUCAACUCCUGCUUGGAAACAUGCCGCUGCUGCUCACGUUUUGGAAAUCCCAACCGUUACUGCCACCGAGUUUGCUCACGCUCGGAGAACCUGGUGUUGCAAUCAAGGUCCAUAUCCGUACCCUCAUCGCGCAUGCUGUAGUCCACGUAUGUCUGCAUCCUUUGCCAGUCUGAGGGAGCGAGUGAAGGAGGAAAGAGACGAGGAUGAGAGCCGAGAACAGGAACCGAGAGCAAGAGAGAGCUCUAGGAACAAGCGGCAAGAUGCUGACGCCGAAACUGGAGGACAGCCCGUUAAAGACACCAAAACAAGUUCGCAAUUCGCGAGGAUCAGCCUGAAUGUUGUGGAUGAGAAACAGCAAGUUAGGAUAGCCCAGGAUCUGAGAGGAAAUCAGGCAUGGAGCGAUGCAGGAUGGACCAGGGAAGAAGUUUGGAAUUGGCCGAAUUCUAUUUCAAUGGCUCGAUUAGUGUCGGGGCCCGUCCUCGCCUGGAUGAUUGUGCAAAAUAUGUGGAGCCCUGCUCUUCUUGGACUCAUCGUCGCCGGAAUCAGUGAUUGGCUGGACGGAUAUGUCGCUCGAAGGAUGGAAAUAAACUCAGUGUUGGGCUCCUAUUUAGAUCCUGUCGCAGAUAAGGUCCUUGUUGGAAGUGUAGCUUUGUCCAUGGCGUAUGCAGGGCUGCUACAUCCUGCAUUGGUUGGUUUGGUUGUUGCAAGGGAUGGAGUUCUAGUCGGAGGUGCGUUUGUGUACCGAGCGUAUUCUCUUCGUUGGCAGUGGAGAAAUUGGCGAGAAUAUUUCAGAAUAAACGUUGGCGGUGCAGGGAAAGUGGAACCAUUAUUCAUAAGCAAGGUUAAUACUGUGUUGCAAUUAGGUCUCAUCAUUGUGGCUCUGCUCCAGCCUGCGUUAUCAGUCGAGGAUACGUUUUCGUUGGUGCCUCUGCUCAGCUGGUCAGUGGCCGGAACCACUACGAUAUCAUGGGCAUGCUAUGUAUACAAAUUCCUGAAGAAUCCUGACGCUUUAGCUGCGUUACGAUAUGUGCCACCAACAUCCGGUGACAAGAAGUCCUCACAUUGAUCGUAAUUUGGAAACCUCAAUCCAGUGACAUUGGCUCCUUGCUUGAAGACUUACUGCAGAAUGGGAUUCCAUAUUUGCUGUCUUAUACCAGCAGGUGUGAGGGAACAAGGGCUUUUAUCGAUGUCGUGGACCCUAAAAGCAGCACCAAGUCGAAUUGACAUCCCCUUUACAUCAUAGGAAGAGCUCAAUAACUUGAAGAUGCACUCACCUCAGAAAAUCUGUGGACGUUAUGCCAGUUGUCGCAAGGGCCGGAGCAUCGUUUUUCUCAUUUCUCCAACAUGUCCUGGAACUGCCUAUUCAGGACUUUCAAUUUCAGAUGCGACGGAAGUUGCUUGAUGUACAUUCGGACUCCUACAGUCGGUUCGCCGUGACACAAGGUCAUAGAGUGUUGAGGACAGAGCAAUAAAUUACGUGCAGGGGCUUUCUUGAAUCAAAGUACACCUUCGAGGCUGAAGUUUGAAGAAGAAAAGGUCGUAUUUAAUUGAGUGAUAUUCGAAAUGUCCGACCAACCUAGUACACAUUGCUUACUGUACCACGGUCCAAUUCUCAGAGUUGAUUCCAACUCAAGUUAACGAGCUGUUCCAUUUCAUGGACUCUCCUGUGUUUCUCCUGUGUUUCUCUAGUUUGCAGCCCAUCUUUACGUGGUGGCUGUGAAAUCCACAUUCAGUUUAUUGAAGAUUUCGGUGUCC